CACCUAUGAAUAGCAUGAAACCCAUAAAUAUAUGAUGCAAGAGUAUGAUAUAGAAAAUCUUCAUAUUAUUUGCAAUUUAAAUGCUUGCAAUUGGGAGCCUAAUCUCCAAGCUCAAACUCUGCUCUUCACCAAAACACAUUCACCAAAUUCAUGGAUUCCUUCUUUCUACUGGACUUCACCAUGACAACUUCCUCCUUUCCAAAUUCAUUGAAUCCUGCUCAAGAUUCAAUCUUUCACAUUAUGGGUACUCUGUUUUCAACCAAAGUUCUCAACCUUGUAUUUAUCUUUACAAUACCAUGAUCAAAUCUUUGUCUUCCCAUCAUUCUUCUGCUCCAGAAGCCAUCUUUCUCUUCAACAUAAUUCGGGUUUUCGGUCUUGUCCCUGAUUCGUACUCCUUUCCAUUUGUUCUUAAGGCGGCGAGCCGGGUUUGUGAUGGCAAUGCAGGGAAAAUGAUUCAUGGGCAGAGUAUAAAAUCUGGGUUUGAGUUGAAUAUUCAUGUUGUGAUUGCCAUUGUUCAGAUGUAUUCAUCUUGUGGAUGUUUGGAGGAUGCACGUAAGGUGUUUGAUAGAAUGUCUAGCUCAAAUGAUGUUGCACUGUGGAAUGCGAUGUCUGCUGGGUAUGUUGGUGUUGGUGAUAUGUGUAGUGGGCGGGCACUGUUUGAACGUAUGACUGACAGGGAUGUGAUCUCGUGGACUACGCUGAUGGCGGGUUAUGUUCAUGUGAACCAACCUGAAGAGGCGAUUGAGAUCUUUCGGAGGAUGCGAGUUGAGGGUGUAGAGCUUGAUGAGGUUGCUCUACUGGCUGCUCUUUCUGCUUGUGCUGAUUCAGGGGCACUUGAGUUAGGGGAGUGGAUACAUGACUUCCUUCAGAAGCGUGGAUUGCGUAGAACAGUCCCUCUAUAUAAUGCUCUUGUUGAUAUGUAUGUAAAAUCAGGAAAUAUAGAAAAGGCUUUGCAAGUUUUUGACAGUAUGCAGCACAAGAGCGUAGUGUCUUGGACUACAAUGAUAGUGGGGUUAGCCUUUCAUGGGCAUGGAAGGAAAGCGUUGGAGAUGUUUUCUCGCAUGGAAAGAGUGGGAUGUAGGCCGAAUGAGAUCACUUUCAUUGGAGUCUUGUCUGCUUGUACACACGUUGGUUUCGUUGAAUUGGGGAAUUCGUACUUCAAAUCUAUGAGCUCCAAGUAUGGGAUCACACCCAAGAUUCAACACUAUGGCUGUAUGGUGGAUUUGUUAGGCCGAGCUGGAUGCCUCGAGGAGGCAGAGGAUCUAGUCAGGAGGAUGCCCUUCAAUGCUAAUGCUGCUAUAUGGGGAUCGCUUCUAGCUGCUGCUAAGAUGCAUAGAGAUUCGUCCCUUGCUGCAAAAGCUUUGCAGCACCUUGCUACUUUGGAACCUGAUAAUAGUGGAAACUAUGCUCUUCUUUCCAAUACAUAUGCAUCAAUUGGAAAUUGGAGUGAAGCUAGGUUGGUGAGGAAAACAAUGAGAAGCUCUGGUGUAAAGAAGUUGCCUGGUGAAAGCUCUAUUGAGCUAAACAGUUGCAUUCAUAGUUUCGCUGCAGGAGCAUUCUCACAUCCCGAGGCUAAAGCGAUUCAUGACAUUCUUUGGGAGAUACACCAGCAAUGUACAUUGGAAAGUCACGAGCAAAAUGUAGAGGAACCAUUGUUAUUGGAAUAAUUUAAUUGUGGGCUGAUAAUUGUUGUGUGAAAGUGCUGAAGCAACACAUUGGAGACUCGAUAUCGAUCAGUUUAAUGUCUGUAUUGCAUUUGGGGGCAAUCUGAUGAUUUGCAUGCUUCAAAUCUGAUGGAAAUACCAGUUUGGCCUGGUGAGCUUCACAAUAUCCGAAGGUUGGAUGAAUUAAUCCAUCUAAGAAGUACUUGCAGUGUUCUUAUUAUGAUAUAACAUAAAACCUUGAGGGUGCAACUGCUUCUCGAAGGGAUACUGUAAUUCCAUGAGCUUAAUGCCACUCAGAGAGUCCUUGAGGUUAAGGUUUCCAGUCAGAAGUCUCAGAACUUAAAGAGCAUAACGAUGCAGAGGACAUGGUUUGAUAUAAGGAGAAAAUGCAAGGAUUAGCUCUUGAAUGCUGAAGAAGGGAGGCAUCCUGAGAAACUAGGACAGCCAUACAUAGACACACUAAAGCCAUUCUUUGCUUGUAAAAAAAAUAAAAAUAAAAACUUCCGCUGGAAGUGGAAGGACAUCUUCGAUUAAUUCUAAAUGUCACAUUAACUCAUACACGAAUUUUUAUAUGGUCACACCUGUGUGGUCAGGUUACUCGAUCAGGGAUUACUUGGUUGAUUAGGGGUUACCCCGUCAGUGUUUUGGUGUGUGUUAGCUUGCCGCACAGUGUGGUUACACCUAAAAAGCGUUAUAACUCAUAUAUACGAUUGACAACAGAAAAAGAGGGAGAGAGGAGAGAGAAAAUGGGCUUGAAUUGUGGGUUGAAAAAACAAACUAGGAAGAUGAGAGAAUUUGAGGAUUUAAAUUUUUUUAGUUUAUACUCGCUUUGUAUUUUAAUAAGCGUUACACUUUGACUUUUUCACUAGUUACAUAAUGGUUUUGACUUAAUUAAUUUAAUAAU